ACAAAUCGAGAAUCAGUAAUGGCGGACGUCUCGUCGUGUGUUGUGUAGAAACGGUUCGCUUCCGACUGGAGGAAUUUGGCCAUAUUCCGAGGGGACGACCCGGCUCUUCGCCCUGCUUCAACCACUGAGGCUACGGUCGACCGAGGCCGUCAACGAUCCACCGUCGCAAUUUGUUUGAUUUUCAAAUUAAGCGUUAUUAUGACCGGAUUGAGAAAAGAAGACUUUUCCCAUUGGUUUUCCUAGCAUGUAUAGUUUUGAAUCAAUUGGUAGACUGGUAGAUGAAUCCUGUGGUAAUGAAUCAGGCUUUGCAAGGAACUACUCUAACUCAGAGGUACCAACCGGUUUCUAUGUGCAGACCUUUGGACUCGAAAGAUACAAGCACAACUUGGAUAAUGCCAGAAAUCAUGGAUUCCGACAGCCUCUCCCCAACUUUCCAGCAAAACAAAGCCGAAGUCAAAUUAAGCGCGAUGCCGUGGUUUCAUGGAAAGAUUUCUCGUGAAAUGGCCGAACAGCUGCUUAACCCAAGAGUCGACGGUCUCUUUUUGGUCAGGGAGUCGACCAAUUUCCCGGGCGAUUACACGCUCUGCGUCUGCUUCCAGAACAAAGUCGAGCACUACAGAGUCAAGUACAAGGACAAUCAGCUGACAAUUGAUGAUGAAGAAUUUUUUGAAAAUCUUGCACAAUUAGUAGAACAUUAUGAAGAAGAUGCUGAUGGACUUUGCACACAGCUUACUAAAUGCUUACCAAAACAGGGUAAGCAGGAUUUCUGUGUAGACACAAAAAAGUUCGUUGAGGCUGGCUGGGUUAUACAAGAGCAUGAACUAGAGUACCGGGAGCCAAUAGGAAAAGGUGAAUUCGGAGAUGUCCUACUUGCAAUUUUUCGAGGGGAAAAAGUUGCUGUUAAAAUGCUGAAGGACUCAAGUGAAGCUGCCCAAAAGUUCCUCGCUGAAGCAUCUCUGAUGACAUCAUUGACACAUGAGAAUUUAGUCAAACUUUUAGGUCUCGUAUUUGACAAAACUCAUAUUUCUUUGGUCACGGAGUACAUGGGUAAAGGGAGUCUUGUCGACUACCUGCGAUCUCGUGGGAGGCAACAUGUCACCAAAAAACACCAGAUAAAUUUUGCAUGUGACACAUGCAGUGGGAUGGAAUACUUGGAAAGAAGGAAGGUGGUCCACCGCGACCUGGCCGCUCGGAAUGUCCUGAUCUCAGAAAACGGUGUGGCUAAGGUAGCAGAUUUUGGCCUCGCGCGGGAAGAGAAUUUCACCCUCGACUGUGGCAAACUGCCGAUAAAAUGGACUGCCCCCGAAGCCCUCAAACAAGGAAUUUUUUCCAAUAAAUCUGAUAUGUGGAGUUUCGGAAUUUUGCUCUGGGAAAUCUAUUCAUUCGGAAGGGUUCCCUACCCUAGAAUUCCCCUGGCGGAAGUGGUGAAACAUGUGGAGAAAGGGUACAAAAUGGAGGCACCAGAGGGUUGCCCGCCUGAAGCUUAUGAAAUUAUGAAACAAGCUUGGGAUUUAAACCCCGAUAAGAGGCCCAACUUCCGGGACAUCAAGCUCAAACUGGUCCAGCUCAGAUCAAUAACAAUCUGAAGCUAAUUUAUAAAAAAAAAAAAAUAUUUAUUUAUAAUAGCAAAAAUAUUUGAAGAAAUCAUUAUAAAUAGAUAUAAGUGAAUGUGGUUUUUGUUAAUUGGAAAGAUUUAGGCUUAUUCUUACAAUUAUAGACUCACAUAUUAUUAUUUUUUCUUUAAUAAUUAUUAUUCACACGAGCAAUAAUAGGUAAUUUCAACUAAAAGGUUAGUUUUAUUUUAUUAUAAAAAUAUUAAUUUACGUAUUAUUAAGCCUAAGGGAGAUGGAUUCUGGUGUUUGGCGAUUAAUGGUGCAAAUUAUUUCUUUUUAUCGGGUCCUGCUCGUGCAAGUAUUUUCUAAAUUCGGCUGAAGACUUGCCACUGGUUGCGGUUUUUAAUAUUUUCAAGGUAUUCUCAAGAUGAACUUCCUUCUUGACACCAUCCCAAAUUUAAAAAAAUAAAUAAUGCUCACUGUGUUUAUCAAUUUACUUUUUUUUUUUUUUUUUCUUGUAGCGAAGAAAUGUUACUGAUUUAUACGUAUUUCUCUACCUCUCAUCUAUGAAAGUAUCGAAACUCAUGGAGAUAGGCCUGAACUUUCUUGUUUCUGUCUGUUACAAGUUAAAAAAGACAAAGCAAAAUUAGGCGGAGGUUGAAGUUUGUAUUUUAUCAUUGUCGUUGACUAUUUCUUAAAUAAAACAAAAAUAAUAGUAAAUAAUAAAAAAAAGUUUCUUUACUAUAAUUAUAAAAUCAAUUUUCCCUCCAAAAUGUGCUUUGCUCAAAGCGUUUUGUUUCUUUUCAAACAAAUAAAAAAAUUGUAAUUUUUUUUAACAUUUUCAAAAAGUACUUUUUAUUUCAAGUAGAAUUGUGAUAUCUAUAUUAGUGUUUUAAAACAAGUAUUUAUUAAAAUAAAUUUGUUUGAGAGUACUGAUGCAUCACUAGCGAAGUGAUAUAUUAUCCAUAAUGUAAUAUUUUAUAUGUACAAUAAAUUUUAAAAUGAAUUGUAGUAAAUAUGGAAAUUACGGUUGUGUAUAUAAAUUAAUAAUUAAAAAAGAAAUGUUUAUAACAAACAGGAACAAGUAUAAGUACAUGAAAACUACAAAAAUUGCUCAGCCGACUAUUUCGUUUUUAUGGAAAUGUAAAUUAGAUGGAAAAUUUUUCUCCUUGUAUUUAGAACAACUAGAAUCUCAGGAUUGUUUACUACUUAAGUUAAGCCUAAGGUCAGCGGAAAAAAAAUCCAUUUUCUGUCAAUUAAAAUUAAAUAGAAGAAUGCAGCUAAAAAUCAUAAUUUGCCUAAUAUUACAUAAGACAAAUGAUUUAACACUUAACACUAUGUAAAUCAAGAAUAACAACUGACAAUAUCUAACAAAAACCUUUAUUUUAAGAAAAGUGAGUCUUUAAAGGUCCUAAAUGCGUUUCCCAGAAAGUUACUUUUGUCACGCCUAACAACCAUUCCGGUGAUGGACUAAAUCCGAUCGGUACGACUGAUUACUUUAAUACUAUCUUGACAUAUUUGGACUAAUAUUUACGUUAAAAGGCGAACAUUUAGUCAGACUAGAGGCUGCAUUUACUAUAAUAAAAAAUAGACUUUUUUAAUUCUUUGUCCACUUUUACAUCAAGUCAUUUGCAUGUACAUAUAUUUAUAUACUUAUUAUAUAUGUAAAUAUGGAGUUCAAUAUUUCUUAAAGUUAUACAUGCCAUGUUUGUAAUUUAUUUUCAACUUCAUAUAUAUACUUCUUUUCCUCCUCUUUAGUAUAUUGUAUACAUUCAUAAAUGUCUAAAUGAUUGUACUUAUUUUGUUAAAAUUUGGUUGAAAAAAUUGUUUUUAUAAUAUUAAAAAUUUAAUUUGAUUUUUUUUGUGUUGUUAUUCUAAUUUGCUAAUAAAUCAUAGAUACAAAAUCGACGUUUGUCCUUAAA